AUGAGUGAACUAAGGGUCGAAAAACCUGGUAACAAUAAAUUAAACAACAUUGUCAACAAUGGCCCUGUUUCCAUCUUGGCCUACUGUUUCUCCUCCAUCUUAAUGACCGUUACUAAUAAGUUCGUUGUCAAUCUGGAUAAUUUCAACAUGAAUUUUAUUAUGCUAUUUGUUCAAGCCUUAGUUUGUAUUAUAACUUUAGUUAUUUUGAAAUUAUUGGGUUAUGCCAAAUUUAGACCUUUAAACAGACAAGAUUGUAAAAAUUGGUUACCAAUCUCCAUAUUGUUGGUUUUAAUGAUUUAUACCUCCUCCAAAGCAUUGCAAUUUUUGCCUGUCCCAAUUUAUACCAUUUUCAAAAACUUGACAAUCAUUUUAAUUGCUUACGGUGAAGUUUUGUUUUUUGGCGGUAAAGUUACCAAAUUAGAAUUAUCCUCCUUUUUGUUAAUGGUCUUUUCCUCUAUCGUGGCCACUUGCGGUGAUCAACAAGCAGCACGUGCCACUGCUGCCACUGCUGAUCCUACAGAAGAAAUUGUUAUUAGUUUGUUCAACCCAGGUUACCUCUGGAUGUUCACUAAUUGUAUUAGUUCCGCUUUAUUUGUUUUGAUUAUGAGAAAGAGAAUCAAGUUAACCAACUUUAAAGAUUUUGACACCAUGUUUUACAAUAACAUCUUAGCUUUACCUAUUUUGUUAUGUGCUUCAUUUAUGGUUGAAAAUUGGUCUACUGAAAACUUGGCCAUUAAUUUAAGCAAAGAUUCUUUGACUGCCAUGGUUAUCAGUGGUAUGGCUUCUGUUGGUAUUUCUUAUUGUUCCGGCUGGUGUGUCCGUGUUACCAGCUCAACUACAUAUUCUAUGGUUGGUGCAUUGAAUAAAUUGCCUAUUGCAUUGAGUGGGUUGAUAUUUUUUGAUGCUCCUAAGAAUUUCUUGAGUAUUAGCUCUAUUCUCAUUGGGUUUUUGAGUGGUAUUGUUUAUGCUGUUGCAAAACAAAAGAAAAUUCAACAACAAACCACAAAUAAAUGA